ACUGAAUCGAAACUGCUCCUAUGAAUACGAAAUCAGCCAUGUUGCAGACUGAGACGCAGGUGUUUAUACCCGAGGAUCUCAUCUCCCAGAUCAUUUCGUCACUCCCUGUAAAAUCUCUUGUUCGAUUCAAGUGUGUAAGUAAUUUUUGGAACACUCUCAUUGACGAUCCUACUUUUGUGAAACUUCACCUCAAGAAAUCCAAAUCCUCACCAAAUAAGCAAUUCACAUUAAUCACUAAUCACGUAAAGCCUAGUGUGGGCCGUGAUUGGAGUAUCAUUCCAUACCCUAUAAGUAGUUUAGUCGAUAAUCCGUCUGCUACCUUUGUUGCUGAUUCUCAUUAUCUUUUAAAUUUAAAGGAUAAAGAUUGGUCUAUGGCUGGUUCUUGUAAUGGAUUGAUCUGUCUCGUUGGUUAUCGUUUCACUAGUACGGCUAAUAAACUUCAAGACUACUGGUUGCGAAUAUGGAACCCAGCCACAAGAAAAAUAUCUAGAAACAUUGGCCAUUUUUGUGAUGUACGCGAUUUCGGCUUCAGGGGUUUCGUCUUCAGUUUUGGUUGGGAUGAUUCCACAGGCACGUUUAAAGUGGUUGCGUCGCGCUCUAUUGAUCAUGGUUAUACAACCGAGAUGAGAGUUUUCGCUAUUGGUGAUAAUGUUUGGAGAAAUAUUGAAAGUUUGCAGGUUCGUCUUCUUGGUAUGGAAUGGUGUGGACAGCGUGUAGAUAAGGGAUAUGAAUAUGGUUGUGUGUUUUUAAAUACCACUUUUAACUGGUUGGCCGUUCAAAAUUGGGCCCGUGUCAUCGUCCGCCACAAUUGGAGUUACAAUUGGAGUUAUUAUGUGAGCGACAUUACUGUUGAAGACCUUGUUAUUGUUUCGCUAGAUCUGGGGACGGAGACGUACAAUAAGUAUCGGCUGCCUCGGGGUUUUUUUGAUAAGCUGCCGCGCAAAGAGCCAACUAUUGGUGUGUUGGAAGAAUGCCUUUGUUUGUGUUAUUCUUAUAAGGAAACCGAUAUUGUUAUAUGGCAGAUGAAGAAAUUUGGGGUUGAAGAGUCUUGGAUUCUAUUUCUUAAAAUUAGUUAUAACAUUCUUCAAUUAGACUAUGAUGUUUCGUUCUUGCCAUUGUUUCUUUCUAAGGAUGGCGAUACAUUGGUAUUGUGUAGUUCUAAAAAUGAGGCAGCAAUUCUUUAUAAUUUGAGAGAUAAUAGUAUGCGGCAAAUAGAAGUUAGAGCGCACAAAACUAAUAUUGAUGAUGGAACUUACAAUUCAUUAUACUUGAGCCUGGCCCAGCGUUAUGUUGAAAGCUUAAUUUCAGUUUGUUGAAUUUUUCUUGGUUGCUGGUGGAAGUAAUUGUCAAGAAUCAUCACUUGAGACGCUUCAUUAUUGAGCUGAAAAUAGAAGAAUAGGAUGUUGAGAUUAUUACACAUGAUGGAAGGUGAAAGGAAAAUUGUUCAGUGUUUGAUUACAUGUUGGAAUAAAGGACUAAUCCUCCUGGCAUCAUAGGCUGAAUAUGUGUAUCUGGUGUUUUUUUUUAUGUUACAAUGAAAUAAUGUGAAUUCAUAUAAAGAAUCACAUUUUAUAUCUGCCAGAUUGCAACAAAUCCCUCUUACAAGGAGGUAAUCAUGAAUGACAAAAUGUUUCAAACCCUUUUUGAUUUUGUAUCUUCAUCUUUUUAUGUACAAAAAAGAAGA